GCCAACGUUAACAGAAAUGCAAUAUUUUCCGGUAAAGUAGUUUUGGCAGUUUUUCGAUACGUCGUGCAUGGAAAAAGUAUGGGAAAAAUGUAAUAUUGCGUUGCCUCCAACGCGAAUCGAUCACAUUAAUUUAUGGCUCGCGUCGGUGCCCCGAGUGCGAUAAACUCUCACGAGUCGUGUCCUUAAUCGCUGUGCACAUUAGAUAUAGUACCAUCAUCGCGAUAGGGCGCUCGGAACCGUAUUAAAACAUCGAUCGGUGAAGUGAAAGUGAUAAAAACCGACGAAAAUCAAGUGUUUUUUCACCAUGUAGUUGACAAAUCUUUCUCAACAGGCCUUUAAACUUGUAUCGCAUAUCAAUUCUCGCGUUAUUCACGUACAAGGUUAAAGCGCUCUGAUUCAUAGUUAUUGCUUCUGACCAGGGCAUUAAUAAAUGAAAAUGAGUGGGGAUAUGUUUGAGGGAAAGGAUUACCCUACCCAAUGGGCCCUAAAUCCUUCUGCUUAUCAGAAUAUGAGUAACGAUCAAGUUGACUGGGCAGCAUUAGCUCAGCAAUGGAUCAAAAUGAAAGAGACUGUAGUACCACCGGCACCGCCGCCACCUAAUAUUAAUCCUGUGUGUUCUGGGAACGAUGGUAGUGGAGAAGCUCCCAUGGACAUGGACACAAAAGACGAUGAUAUACCACCAGCACCUCCUGCACCUACAAUUAGUGGAUCAGCCGAAGCAUGGAACCAAUGGAAUCAAUGGGGUCAUUGGAACAGCUCAGGUUCUGGGUCAGGUACUUGGGAGUGGACUGGUGUACCUCCACCUGGUGUUUCUAUAGGUUCUGAUGGGAAACCUAUGGGAAUUCCUACAGUACCAGUAAUUCCACCUGCUCCGACUAUAUCGACUACCGCAGAAUUUAGUGUUCCACCUCCAGCAGCACCGUCAUUAUAUUCUUAUAACUCAGUACCUCCGACACAACCUUACAGUCAGGUCAGUAGUUUUUGGUCUGGGGAACCUCCGGCUACAAUACCCCCCCAACCGCCUCCUUUCAUGAAAGGGGUGAGACACGCGAAUAGAGCGCCGCAUAUGAGGCCCAUAGAUAAUGUACGGUGUCGGGAAGACAGGGAAAAAACACCAGAAGAAGACACUACCACCACAAUAGACGCGGCAAAACGUAGGCAAUUACCAGCGUGGAUUAGGGAGGGUUUAGAAAAGAUGGAAAAAGAGAAACAGAAAGCUGUGGAAAGGGAGAGACAGGAAAUUCUGAGGAAACAAGAGUUGGAAGCUCGAAAACAAGCGGAAGAGGAAGCGCGGGCAGUUCUGAACCCUUCUAAAAGCAAAUUUGAUUCUGAUUCCGAGAAGGAAACAGAACAAGAACCUGACGAAGGGGUACGAAAUCAGCAAGUAGCUGAGAAAAAUUUCGAACGUAGCCAAGACAUUCUUCUCCGACCGCGGAAAUCGCGAUUUCGAGACGCAGAUUCACCUGACGCUCAUACUCAUACCGAUAGAAGUCCGACCACUCCUUCCAACACGACUCUAAGUAUACCCAAGCGAACUAGAGAAGAAAUUCUGCAAGAUGCGAUGUUGAAGGUACGGAGAUCGCUAACGGAAAUUCUUCUGGAGGUAACCAACGAAGAAAUCGGUUCUAUAUGCAGAGAGGUUUGGAGCCGCGCACGUGCCAAAGUCCCUGCAGGAGAGACCCCCGUCGCAUCCUUCAACAACAUGGCCCCUCUUGCUCAGAUCACUCGUAAGCUUGGUCUGGGCAUCUAUGGUGACAGCAACAGCGAGUCUGAGGAGGAGCAGAGCGAACACGUCCAGGCUCAAAACAACGACAGCGACGAGGAGCUGAUUGAAACUUUGAGACGGCGGCAACAAGCGUUCAAAAAGACGGAGGAGGAAAUCGAGGCGCGUCUUGCGGAGGAGGAUGAGAGGGAUGAGCAACGUUACGAGGAGCAUUAUAAUAAGCAACAGGAAAAUCAUACUGGUAAUACAAGCUGCAAGGAUACAGUUGAUGAAAAAGAAACGGUAAAUAAUCAAAGAGAAGCGUCUGAAACUUUAUCGAGCGGCGGACAAAGUCCACAGCAACAGAUCGUGCCGCCUGAUACGGCAAAGACCGAUACUCCGUCGGGGUCAGCCGAUUCCGAAUCUAGCAGUUCCGAGUCGACGAGCUCUGACUCGAGUCGUAACUCGUUGAAGAAGAAAAGAUCGAGCAAAGUUCGUGACCGUGAUUAUCGAAAGAGGAAGUCGAAGAGUAGGAGUAAAUCUAGAGGCAGGAAGUCCCGGUCCCGUUCCUCCGAGCGUGGUCGCAGGCGGAAGUCCAGGUCCAGAUCGAUAAAGUCUUCACGUAAAGAGUAUCGUUCAAGGUCUUCGAGCAAUUAUAGGUCCGGGAAGAAGCACAGAUCGCGAUCAAGAAACCGAAAACGUCGCAGAUCCCGUUCGAGGAGCUGCCGUAGAUCUAGAUCCGUCUCGACCGCGAGGAAAUGGUCGCGAUCGCGUUCCAGGGGAAAGAGGAAGUCCCGUUCUCAUUCGAGAGGCAGAAGACGUAGCCGGUCCUAUUCUGUCAGACGCAGUAAAUCACGCGCCAGGGACAAACGAAGGACACGUUCACGAUCCAGGGGCAGAGACAGAACCCGAUCCCGCUCCAAGGACCGCAAGCGUUCCGAAUCUUACGUUUCCAGGAGCAAGAGGAGGAGCAGAUCUAGAUCUAGGGAUCAUAGAAAGUCACGAUCGAGAUCAAGGCAGCCGAAUCAUCGGGAUGGUAAGAAAUCGUCGUCGCAUCGGUACAGGAAUUGAACCUGACCAACUUCUAGCCAAGGUUGUAUAUACAUAUUCAUAUUAAUAACUUUUUCGAAAUAUUCGUACAGACAGAAAAAGUGAGAGAGAGAAGUAACGAGAAAUACUUUUUGUUCUCCAUAGAUAUAUGUAUAUAUAUAUGUAUAUAUAUGUAUACGUAAUCGUACAUGUAUAUAUAUGUAUACAUAGACGUCGGAAGCAAAGGUUUUCAUUGUGAUUGUCCAUUGAAAUUUUUCCAUGUGCGCGUGCGCGCACGUUAACGAUGUCGGAUCGAUUAGGUUACUUCUGUCCGAUUCAUUAGGCUCGUUAACUUGUAAUAAUAAUGUCCAGCCAGUUUUGUAAUUAUAUCAUGAGAACAUCAGAUUUUUACCUCUGUAGUGCUAACUCGUGUAAACCUAACCUCUAUUCCUUUUUUUCUUUCUUUCUUAAGAACAAUCAGGAACACGUAUUUACGCGCAUCGCCGAACUCUCUGUUGGCUACUUAUUCUGAUUGAUCUUCUUCUCCGACGCCAUUAUUUUGUAACGAUGUAUUCGUUUUAUACGAAAGGUUAUUUUCCUACAUUUCGCGGUAUAGUGACUCGGGUCGGACACCAAUCUACUUGUGGCGAACAAAUACUGACUAUCAUUAAGUCGUUAACCGUUCGUAAACUUGAUCGUUGUUGCAUCGCGCAUCUUUUUUCGUACAAGUAAGAUCAUAGGUACACGGACGUACUCUUUACUACGCAUUAAAAGUCGCUGCCGGGUAAUUAUGCGGGAGCCAGAUUUAAACAAUCUCACGAAGGUCGCUGGAAGUCAGUGUCGCUUCUACUUUAGCUAUACUUGAAUAGUUAUUGAUUUAGCUCGAGACAGGCUUGUAAGUUUCAUACCUUGUACCCUAUUUAUAAGUUUUCUUACCAUUAAAAAUUAGGCGAGGUACCAACGGGAUUCGACAUAACAUUCUCACGAUGUUCGACGAAUGAUUCCUUUAAAGAAAUUUUUUAAUUUUUAGUGUUUGUAGAACUAUCGUGGUGGUCGAAUUCCGUAGACAUAUCAAUUAUCGAUUAAUCGAUAUACCGCGCGUGAGGAAAGGUGCACGAUGUAACAAUCAAAGUGCUAAUUAGACGAAACUGAUUAGGUACAAAUGAGUUUUAUAUUAGAGAUUCGAGGAUGCCCGACUCGAAUGCAUAGGAAUCGCAACAAUUUGUUUUAUUAUUUAAAAUUAUUUUUUGUCAGUCCCUCACGUUAUGAUUCUCGCCAUAUCAAAUGAAUAGAAACGAUACUGUUACAACCAAGAUGCAUAAAAUCGCGACACCAUCCGUUGCACAUACACACAGAGAUUUAUUGGUUCCGGUUACACGAUUGAAGUACGCUCGCAUACGUAAAACCGAUAAUUUCAAUGUGUUGUAAGUACGGACCUUACAUACAUACUGCUAUGAUAAGUGUAAUGAGUCAUUUUUAAUUGAAAUAAAUAAAAGGAAUGAAAAACGAAGCAUAUUUAAACAUAAUAGAGCGAAACAUAUCUACCUUGUAUGAUCGUAUUUCGCGAAGGUAAGCUUUUGAUUUGUUCGAAAGUUGCACGUGACGAAUACAACAGGAUUUUCAUGUUUUUUUCCAAGUCGUAUUAUU